AUGGAGACUCUGUCAACAUAUUUCGCUUGCUCGAGGCUUAACGACACUACAUUUGUGAUUAUUGAAGACGACAAGCAGGGUGGAUAUCCCUUUAUAUACGCCAAAGUGUUCGCCUCUACUUGUCACUGUCUGCGUGUAUUUCUCGAAACCUAUCCCAUCGUUGACAAUGACGAAAAUCCACUUAAUGCUGGAUCAAGCAAGAAUUAUGCAAGCUCAUAUGACAAGCCCUUUGUAAAUGAGGACAGCAAAUUGCGUACAAGCUCGUUAUGCCGCUUUCUUGGCAUAGAGACGCUAAAAUACGUGGUCAUGACCGGCGAGAGAGGCGAGGAUCUCGGCCCCGUCAUUUAUCACACGCCCGGCCAUACGCCCGAUGAACUCGCUGUCUGGAAUCCUCAAGAGCGUGUCACAUUCGUUGGAGAUACGAUGUACGAAUGGAUGCAUAUUGCGUUUCCGCUGGAGGGUGAUCUUCGGCUGUAUAGCAAUACGUUGGGCAAGCUGAGAAGCCUCGUUACAGCUUGGAAUAACUGUCCGAGCUAUCAGAAUUCUAAUAGAUUUCUAUGUCAAGUGAUAGAGGGCAUGGUCGACUCACAGGAUCAAGGUGAGUUUCGAGACGAGCCGCUUAUCUCGUACGAUCGUGAAGAUGGAAAGAUAUCUUUCAUCGGUCCCAAGAAGCUGUUUGAUGAGUUUCGGAAAGACAGGGAGGCGGUACGGGCUAUCAGGGAGCGCCAAGAAAUAUUUAACGCUUGAGCAUCUACUUGCCAUUGCGUGGAGGGUAGGACAAGUUUACAAAAGGCAAUGACGUAGUGAGACUCUCUUAUUAGCAACAGGCAACAUGUCUCUCUUGCUGAACUUGCUUGUGAGUCUAAGGGAACGAGAGUAAGAUGCAGCCAUCUUGUAGAGGGAUGUGUCAUAUGCUUCCCAGGCGGAGCCGAGAUUGGCAUCCGCAAUCUUGGCUCACCCGGCCUAGAUUUGGACUUCC